AUGGGGAUAUUGAGAAGUGUUAUCUUCCUCCUUGUCCUAUACCAGCUGCAAGGGUCCAAAUCUUCCUUGGUACAACUGAAAAGCAAUGGCUAUGAAGGUGUUAUUGUUGCAAUAAACCCAAGUGUAGAAGAAAAUGAAAAACUAAUUGAAGAAAUAAAGGAAAUGGUGACUGCUGCUUCCACUUACCUGUUUGAAGCCACAGAAAAAAGAUUUUUUUUCAAAAGUGUAUCUAUAUUAAUUCCAGAGACUUGGAAGAAAAAUCCUCUUUACAAAAGGCCAGAACGUGAAAGCUACAUACAUGCAGAUGUUUUAGUGGCACCACCUGCUGUCCCAGGUGUAGAUGAACCAUACACCAAGAAGUUCACAGGCUGUGGAGAAAAAGGAGAAUAUAUCCAUUUGACUCCUGACUUUGUACUCAGAAAAAAACAAAAUGAAUAUGGACCAUCAGGCAGACUAUUGGUUCAUGAGUGGGCCCACCUCCGUUGGGGAGUGUUUGAUGAGUACAGUGAAGAUCAACCUUUCUAUGCUGCUAAGUCACGAAAAAUUGAAGCAACAAGGUGCUCCACAGGCAUUACUGGUCAAAACAGAGUUUAUACAUGUCAAGGAAACAGCUGCGUGACCAGACAAUGCAGAAUCAAUUCUACAACAAAACUGUAUGAAAAGGAUUGUCAGUUCUUCCCUGAUAAAGAUCAAACUGAAAAGGCAUCUAUUAUGUAUAUGCAAGCUAUUGACUCUGUCACUGAGUUCUGUAAUAAAAAGAACCAUAACAAAGAAGCUCCAAGUAUACAAAAUGAAAAGUGUAGUCGCAAAAGCAUAUGGGAGGUGAUCAGCACUUCUGAGGAUUUUGAAAAUACAAUACCUAUGGCAUCAUCACCUCCUCAUCCUGUCUUCUCACUGCUGAGGAUCAGUGAACGAGUUGUGUGUUUCGUUCUCGACAGAUCCGGAAGCAUGUCAAAUGGUGAUCGCCUAAAUCGGAUGAAUCAAGCUGCGAAAUAUUUCCUGCUUCAGAUUAUUGAAAAUGAAUCCUUGGCAGGGAUGGUACACUUUCAUAGUACUGCCAUCGUUCAAAAUGAGCUCAUCCAAAUAACCAAUAGCACUCAAAGAGACCUGCUGGUGCAGAAGUUACCUACCAUAGCUAGUGGUGGAACGUCCAUCUGUUCUGGAAUUAGAGCAGCAUUUCAGGUAUUUGAAAGUGGUAAUUCCCAAGUAGAUGGAUCUGAAAUACUACUGCUGACUGAUGGGGAAGAUAGCACUGCAGGAGAAUGCCUUGAUGAAGUAAAACAAAGUGGGGUCAUUGUUCAUCUCAUUGCUUUGGGACCAGAUGCUGAUGAAGCAGUCAUAGAAAUGAACACUGCAACAGGAGGAAAACAUUUCUAUGCUUCGGAUAAUGCCACGAGCAAUGGCCUCAUUGAUGCUUUCUCGGGCCUUAAGUCAGGAAACACAGACAUUUCCAAACAACCUCUUCAGCUUGAAAGUAAAGGAUCAAAUCUCAACAAAGAUGACUGGAUGAAUGGCACUGUGGUCAUUGAUAGAACUGUGGGAAUGGACACAUAUUUUCUCAUCACUUGGACCAAACAGCUUCCCGCUAUUUCUCUCAGAUACCCUAAUGGAUCAUUAGAGAAUGGUUUCCAAGUAGACUCAGCUACUAAAAUGGCCUCUGUCAGUAUUCCAGGAGUUGCACCGGUGGGAAUUUGGACUUACAAUCUUCAAUCCAAGCAAAACAUGGAAACACUGACUAUUACAAUAAAUUCAAGAGCAGCAAAUUCCUCUGUGCCUCCAAUCACAGUGAAUGCUAAAAUGAAUAAAGACACAAAUAGCUUCCCCAAUCCAAUGAUUGUGUAUGCAGAAGUUCUACAAGGAUUUACACCCAUUCUUGGAGCCAAUGUGACAGCUUUCAUUGAAUCAAAAAAUGGAAAAACAACAGUUUUGGAACUUUUAGAUAAUGGUGCAGGUGCUGAUUCUUUCAAGGAUGAUGGGGUCUACUCCAGGUAUUUUACAACUUACUCAGAAAAUGGCAGAUACAGCUUAAAAAUACGGGCUCACGGAGGAGCAAAUGCUGCCACACGAAAUUUAAGAGGCCUCGUAAAUAGAGCUGCAUUUAUACCAGGCUGGGUAGUGGAUGGGGUGAUUCAAGGAAACCAACCAAGACCUGAAAUUGAAAAGGAUACUGAAACAGUUUUGGAGAAUUUCAGCAGAACAACAAUUGGAGGUGCAUUUGUGGUUUCAAAUGUUUCAAAUAAUCCUUCACUUGACCUUUACCCACCAAGCCAAAUUACCGAUCUUGAGGCCUCACGUGAUCAGGAGGAGAUCAGACUCACGUGGACAGCACCAGGAGAUGAUUUUGAUGUUGGAAGAGUUCAACAGUAUAUCAUAAGGAUAAGUGGUAAUAUCCUUGAUCUACAAGACAAAUUUGAUGAUGCUGUGCAAGUAAAUACUAUGGAUCUGUUGCCAAAGGAAGCCAACUCCAAGGAGACCUUUGCAUUUAAAGAAGGAAACAUGGCAGAAGAAAAUGCAACCCACUUAUUUAUUGCCAUGCGAAGUAUGGAUAAAAGCAAUUUGACAUCGGAUAUAUCCAACAUUGCACAAGUAGCUUUAUUUAUUCCCCAAGCAGAUUCCAAUCCUGAUGAAAGUCGUCCCAGUUCUGGAAUUAACAUCUCUAUCAUAGUACUGUCAGUGGUUGGAUCUGUGGUGAUUAUUAGUAUUAUUGUGAGCACCACAGUUUGUAUCUUAAACAAGAAAAGAAAGUCAAACAGUCCUAGCACAGGGUUUUAAAAAAAACAGCAAAAUUGAAGGACUUAUCUGAAUUUUUAAAUUUAUCUUGUGCAAUGGUAAACUCAUAAAAAUAAUUUUAAGAGUUUUG